UCAUGUAAAAUUGGGAAUGUUCUGGUGAAAAUUAGGAAUGUUUCUUCCCUUAAAGUUUGUGUUUCCUCUAUUCAUCCCUUUAUUUUAAUGUUUUAUAACAGAGAAAUUUGCAGAACAGUGCAAAUGUGCAUGCUGUGCAUAGCAAACCUUAUAGAGAUUAACACAGAUUGGUUCUGGUUUCUACUGGGUUUAAGCUCUGGAGAAAACUGCUUGUGAGUAGGAGCAGCUGGUUUAGAUUUUUACUUGACUUGUGUAACUGAAAACUGGUUUAAUUUCUGCUCCCAAUACAUUUGGCUCAUUCAUUUCUCUUGCAUUCACAUGUGCUUGCAGUAGUAAGAAGCUACACCCUGUUUUGUCAGCUUGCUUGGGCUUUAUUGAGGCUGGAGAAGACUUCACUGUGACUCUUACAUCCUGCUGCUCCAAAAAUCCAUCCUGUAGAUAAAUACCUUUGUCUCAGAAAUCUCCCUGGUCAAAUCUAGAUGAGGAAAGUCAGGCUUGGUGGUGUUGUGCUGCAGUGAGUUUGACCCAGCUCAUCUUCACAAGCCAGUCCCAUCCAAAGGCUGGGGUUUUUCAAGGUUUGUGUCCAAACAGGAGCAGUGGGUGUGGGCAGCACCCCAGGCACGGUGUGGGUUUGUGCUGCUGUGCUGCUGAGCUCCCUGUUGGCUCCCAGUGUGGAUGGUGGGCAUGGGAAGGUGCCAUGCCCUGCUCUGUGCCCAGGCAGCUGCAGGGAGCCAGUGCCACCUCCUGGGUCCCGCCUGGGCCGUGGGUGCUCCUGUCCCCAGUGCCAGGGCAAUGGCACUGUUCUGCCUUUGGGCCAAUGAACACCAGAAGCAGCCUGGUUUAACCAGCAUCCCUAGGAAAGGUGUGAUGGAGUGAGAAGCACCAGAGUGGUUCCUUUCUCAGUGCCUGGCUCAGCCAGGGCAAUCCAGUCAUCCGUUUGACCUUUGGGAAAGCAACCCCAUGGGCAAUACUGGAAUACUGCAGAUUUCUGUGUCCCUGAAUGUAUUUGAAUAGCUUCCACCUUUACAGUGCUGAUCUGUUUGCAACUGUUCGGAUUUUAAUGGGUUAAAACAUGAGGUGGGGGCUGGAGGCAGCUUGGCCUGGCAUGCAGGGGGUUAAACUGUUGAGCUGUGAAACAUCUGCUACAGGAAGAGCUGCUGGUAAAAUAAUGCUUGCUGGCAUUAUUUUAAGCAUAGCUGACUUGGUUGAAUUGAGGUUUAGGCCUCCCUAUGCUGUGUGAGGUGAUGAGAUUCUGGGUUAACUACCUGGGGCUCUUCACCAUCACUUACUUCUUCCUUUCUGUUUGACAUUGCUGUCUGCAGAUCUCACCAAGCCCAGCAUCGUCUCUGCUCUCUCUCUCAAGCAGUGUUAGAGUCUUAAAAUACUGAAUUUAAUGUGACAGCUCCUGUUGAGGAGAGCCCUGCAAUUUGCAUUUUUAGUCAUCCAAAGGCCUUCUGAAGAUUUGGGAAAGGAUCAGUAAAAUCACAUCACUGUGGCUUAUCUGUAUGGUGGUUUCUGUAGUGAUGUUCUCUUGGGUUCUGGGCGGUGGCUCUGCAGCGAGGCUCUUGAAGCCCAGAGGUGCCCCUGGAGUCUGAGCUGUGACAGGAUUUUGCACUCACUGGUGUCUGCCAGGUUUCUCUCUUUGCACACCCAGCUCUGGGCAGCUGAGGCAGGACAUUUUGGAGCCCUUUUCUCCCCACUGGAGUUUGUGUUCCUUUCUGCUAAGAACAGCAGGAAGGUCAAUGGAGGCUGCCAGGGAGAGCCCCAAGGGUCCUGCUUGGCAGUGGGGAAGGGAAGGAUGGAGCUGCCCCUGUGGGAUGGAUCCUCACAGGCUGACAGUGGCUGCCCCUCAGUCAGACCGACCUGGCAGAACCCCCAGGGUCCUUCAAAGCUUUUCCUCUUGCCUUGCAGAUGAGCGGGUGGAUCAGCGAACCUGCCUGAUCUGCGGUGACAGGGCCACGGGGCUGCACUAUGGGAUCAUCUCCUGCGAGGGCUGCAAGGGCUUCUUCAAGAGGAGCAUCUGCAACAAGCGUGUGUACAGAUGCAGCCGGGACAAGAACUGCGUCAUGUCCCGCAAGCAGCGCAACAGGUGCCAGUACUGCCGGCUGCUCAAGUGCCUCCAGAUGGGCAUGAACCGCAAAGCAAUCAGGGAGGAUGGCAUGCCAGGAGGCAGAAACAAAAGCAUUGGACCUGUCCAGAUAUCAGAGGAAGAGAUUGAGAGAAUUAUGUCUGGGCAAGAAUUUGAGGGAGAGGCAAACAUGUCAUGGAGCAACAACGGAGACAGUGACCAUAGUUCCCCUGGAAAUGGAGUUUCUGAGAGCAACCAGCCUUCACCUGUUUCUACUCCAUCUUCAAGUAGGUCUGUGGAGCUGAACGGGUUCGCUGCACUCAGGGAUCAGUACCUGGGCACGCCGGUGUCCACGCACUACCAGUACCUGCCGCACCUUUUUAGCUACUCGGCCCACUCGGCGCUGAUGGCGCCGCAGCCGCGCAGCCUGGACCCGCAGUCGCUCAGCCUCAUCAGCCAGCUGGUGUGUGCCGAGGACCUGGAGCCGCUCGGCACCCCCAUGCUCAUCGAGGACGGGUAUAAAGUGACUCAGGCAGAGCUGUUUGCGUUGCUGUGUCGUCUGGCGGAUGAAUUGCUUUUCAGGCAGAUUGCUUGGAUCAAGAAGCUGCCGUUCUUCUGCGAACUCUCCAUCAAGGACUAUACCUGCCUGCUCAGCUCUACGUGGCAGGAGCUGAUCCUGCUGUCCUCGCUGACUGUUUACAGCAAGCAGAUCUUUGGUGACCUUGCAGAUGUCACCUCCAAGUACUCUCCCUCUGAUGACGAGCUGCACAGAUUCAGUGAAGAGGGGAUGGAGGUGAUGGAGCGGUUGAUCUACCUCUUUCGCAAAUUCAACCAGCUGAAGGUCAGCAACGAGGAGUACGCAUGCAUGAAAGCCAUCAACUUCCUAAACCAAGAUAUCAGGGGUCUGACCAACGCCUCCCAGCUGGAGCAGCUGAAUAAGCGGUACUGGUACGUUUGCCAGGACUUCACGGAGUACAAAUACCCCCACCAGCCAAACCGCUUCCCGGAUUUAAUGAUGUGUUUGCCAGAGAUACGGUAUAUUGCAGGAAAAAUGGUGAAUGUCCCCCUGGAGCAGCUGCCUCUCCUUUUUAAGGCCGUUCUACAUUCCUGCAAGACGAGUGUGAGCAAAGAGUGAGGGCAGCCGGCCCUGGCCGGUGCCUUAUGCUGAGCCUUGGGCCGGGAACCGGCUCACCAUGGGAGAGGGGCAAACGCCAUCCAGGCAGGAGACAGGGCAGUGGGCCUCCCUGCCCUUGUAGCAAGAAUAUUUUUGUUUGUUUUUGUUUUUUUACUCUUUUUCCUAUAUAUUUAUUUCACGACAGAGUUGAAUGUAUGAUCUUCAACACGAUGCACAUGGUUCUGUAAGAAUGCAGCAGAUGCAUUCUCCAGCGGUUUACAGAAUGUGAAGAUGUUUAAUGUUACAGUGUUUGUUAGGGUUAGUUCUUUUGUAUUUGGGGCUGGGGACCGAGAUGACUAAGACUACCUCAAGGAGAAGAUGCUGUUCACGCACUGCUCUUUCCAUGAUUUGCAUCCAAAGCAUUUGUCAUAGAGAGCAAAUGUUGACAGAGCUGUUAGUAUCCCAAAGGGACGACUUUGGAGAAGUGGGUGCUAGAGAAGUGCCAAGCUUUUUCCUUAAUUUUAAAAAGGCAGGGAGUGGAGAAGUCUGUCUAGGCAGUUGGUUUUUUCCCCUGGCAGUUUCCAGAUGCAGGUUUCCAGUGGGAUGGCAGUGCUCUGAAGGGCUCCCCAGCCUCGUCCUGUCUGGGGAGCUGCAGGUGGGGUCUGCCCCAGCCCCCACAGCUGCCCUCUUACUAUUGCCACAACACCUGCCAAUUCCUCUGAAAUUGUGUUCCUGCAGUUCAUAACAGGCUCCUGGCAUUACACAAAGGUGCUGCUGUUGCUAGAGAACGGCAAGGACUUUAUCAUCACUUCCUUAAAAUCCAUUUUAGGUUUACAAAAGCAGGAAAAACCUACUUAGAAAAGAGGCAGGAUUGCCCCUGUUAGUGUGUUCCUCCAACAUGGUACCUGACUCCUGAGGCUUCUGCAUUGCAGCAAUUAUGGGAGCAGUUGAUGUAUCCUAUGUUAAAUGGGGCCUGUGUAGUGGGGUGGGGGACUCCAGUGUCCUCUGGCAUGGCUUUCUGUGCUGGACUCAGGGAAUGGGUGUUCCAUAGUUAUGUCCUGCCAGGACUGCAUAACUGUUCCUUGUGGAAUCCCAGGAAGAACGACAUUACUGCUGUACUUGGUUACCUGCCAUGUUCUAGGUGUUGCAAGGCUUGGAUUUUCCAUCUCGCAGGCUCUCCACAACUCCAGAUGGAGAAUUGGUUUAAUGACAGCUGAUGAGCUGAUUGAGUGAUUGCUAAGUGCUGGUGUUUAGCUAAACCUGGGCAUCCUCAGGAGUGACCUCAUGAUUUCCUGCUCGUGAUAGGGAGGUUGGAUGAGAUGCUCUUGAUCUCAUCUGUUUCAUUAGGAAUUAAUACUCAAAGACUCCGUCACUCUCCUAAACAACCUUGGCUGGAUUUCCUUCCCUGCCUCCUUAGAUGUAAAUCUGGCAUUCACUUAGCAAGGUGGCUCCUCAAUAAGUGUUUCAAUGCUGAUUUAAAAAUAUGUGUGGAAACAACUUUUGUUCCUUCAGGGUAGGAGGGACAAGUCACUACCUUCUUGUCUUUCCCUGGUGACAGCUGCAUGGCACAGAGCAAGCACAGCUCAGUGGGGCUGCAGCUGCUGUGCACGAAUGUGAUGAUGAGCAGGAGAAAAAUCCCAUUCACCAAAGUCGUCUUUUCCUCCCUCCCCAUGCCCAGCAGAUGCUCCCUGGAUUGCAGCCCGAGGGGGGCUGUGACCUGCUGGUGUGGCACAUCCUGGUCGGUGCUGGUGGCCGUGGUCACCCCGUGUGCCAGGGCCCUGCUGCUGCCUCACCACGGGCAUCCCGCUGGGGCAUCUCCCAGCUCAACGGUUUCCCCCUUCUAGAAGUCCAUAGCUGUUAAUUUUUCAUUAUUUAAGCAGGAUGUUACGGGUAACAGCUGCUGGGCACAGCAGUAGCUCAGCUCGAUGGAGCUUCGCACCCAAAGGUGGUUCCAUAAAUCUCAUUUACUUUCUGGCAGUACAAUGAGAGACGUGUAUUCUCAGGAAAGCCUUCUGCAUGCAGCCAAUACCUCACGUGUUCAGGGGAAGAUUUUAGUGUAUCUGUUUGUAAGUUAGAAUGUAUUUGUCAGCUUUUAAUUUUCAAAUAGCUUGAUAUGAUCUUUUUACUACGGGUUAUUUCUGGCUUGCUGAUUUAUACACUCAAGGAAUUGUUAAAAUUGCAUAGGAGUAAUUUUAUUCUACAGUUACUGAAUUAUUAUAAUCUGUUGAUGAAUAAGUGUUUUAAUUAGUGUACAUAAAAGCAGUCAUCUUGUUGCCAGCUAUCCAACAAAAGUAAUCUAUGGUUUUCCAAAAUAGCCUCCCAAAACUAAUGCUGUACCAACAACAACCAAAAACCUAAAUCCAGUUAUGAUGACAAAUAGACAUGAAUGUUCACUUUCUGUUGAAGAAAGCAAGUUUUACAAAGGUUGAUUGGCAGCAGUAUCCAUUCCCAAAUCCACAUUUGCCAUAGGGAGUAGAAAAUCCUUCCUGAACUGACAGGUAAGGAAGCAGCAAACAGACCAGACGGAAUCACCAGACAGUCAUUCCUGAUACCUUCUGCACCAAGUCCUCUAAUGACUUGUAUUUUUUAAACAGGGUAAUGUGAAUGUGUUGCAUUGCAAACUCAGGUAUUAUGAGAAAGUAGGAAUGUAGCUAGAGAUUUAGAGACAUUAGGUAGAUGUAUUUGUGAAUUUGGUUUGAAGGACACCCUGGAAAGGUUGGAAUUUUUGUUCCAUUCUUCACGUAACAUUCAGUUUACAGGCACUCAUAUUUUAUUUGUGCUUAAUGCUACUAGGGGGAAGUUCAUUAUCUUUGGUAUCUAUCUGCUCUUGCUUAUCUGACCUUCUGUCAUAGAGAAAUCAAUCAACAAUAAUAGUCUUUGGUAGAAUCUUCUGCCAUGACAAGUCAAUUUUUAUCCCCGAUUUGAAAGAUAGAUUGGCUGGCUGACCCCCUCUUCUCCUUCAAAACGUCUGUGCAGAUAGAAACCUGAAGAGUUACUUUUAAUCCAAACAGAGAUUUGGGACAUAAAUUUGAAGCGCUCAGGCUCACGUGCUCAGGGGAGGCUGCCGAGGAGCAGCUGGAAGGGGUCCCUGCUCACAUGGCUCAGUCCCAGACCCCUCAACAAAACCUGGGAAGUGAGUGAGUUUUCUUCCCGUUCAUCUCCGACUCCUGCCAAGUGGGCUGAGCCUUGACCCCUCAGUGUGGGUCAGUUGCCAGUCCCUGUUCUGGGCACGUCCAGCCCUGCAAGAGGGCCGGGGGAUGAGCAGCUGGACUUCACACUCCCCGUGUGCACUGGAUGCUGCUCAGCUGGGAGCUGUGCCAGUGCCCUUGGUGUUCUCACCUCUGCAGAGGCACUGCAUGCUUUGGGCCAUCAGGGAGCAUCUGGAUUCUUCUGUAAUUCUUAAAUCCAGAGAUUUAAUUCUUAAGCCUUUUGCCAUCUCCCAUCACACACAGGCCGAAGGGGGAACAUGGCAUUUUCAGUGACCAGUGGUCAGUGGCGUUGCCAGCUGCAGGGCACCUGCACAGGAGAGCUGCCACUCUAGUGCCAUCCGUUUUCCCAGUGCUGGGGUGUUGCUUUGAGGGAGCCCAUGAGAGUGAGGGGUCCCAGAGGUGCCAGCAGGGCUACUGGACUGCUCUCGCUGGUGGGGGCCUUGGUGGCCCCAUCCCCACCCCUGCAAAGGCUCAAGUGCCUCUGCUGCUGUCCCUCCCUGUGCCAGCAGGAUCUGCCCUUGCUCCUCAGGCUUCUGCACAGACCCACAGCCACUUCAGGUAAAGGAGUUUAAGACUUGUCCUUCAAACCAACUUUUUUUUUUAUAAAAAAAAACAAACACUUGAAUUUCUUUUACCUUUACUACAUUUUUUAAAAGGAAAAAAGGAAAAAAAAAAGAUUCUUCUGUGAAUGUGCUAUUUCCCAUUCAUUCUUUCUUACUUCUUGGUUUUGAUUUGAAGCUAUGAAGCUCGGUGUCUGUGAAAAUGUUGUUAUUUCUCAGGAUAAUAAGCGGCAAUCAUCCCUGCCACAUGAAAGGCAGGAGAAAGGGGGAAACUUGGGGAACUAGUUAAAGUAUGAAACUAAUUUUUAGGUUUUAGAUGAUGUGUAAAUGGAGGGGAGUGCAUAGCUAUCAGUAUCAAGCUGUGGCGUUUCUCUGGGUUCACGGUGUGUUGUUUCAAUGCACAGAAGCUCAGGGAUAAGUAUUUAAAAUGUGACCCAGAGAAACCCUAGUUUUGAUGUUGCAACAGUUGCUUCUUUCCCAACUUGUCUGGAGGACCCACUGAGAGCUGACCAAAGCCCCAUAUGGGGAUUUUGGGGGAAAAACUUUGGGUUUGGCUGUGGGAAGUUUGCUUGCAGAAGGCUCAGACGUGGUCCUGUGGCAGAGCAUCCCGAAGGUGCAGGGGCUGUCUGAGGCUGUGCCCUUGCACCACCCAGCAGCUGGGGACCAGCUCUGUUUCUGCAUUACCUCAUCCCUCUGCCUUUGGUGUGAAAUGUUUGACUGCUCACAGAAAAGGGGAAGUUGGAAUUUCUCAUUAUGUCCCUGGCAGCUAGUUGCUUAUGCUCUGUACUCUGUUGCUUAUGAAUUCGUAAUUUUCAUCAGUACAACUUUCUCACUGUGGUGGUAGGCAGUCAGUUUGAGAAGGGCACUGGUGUGUGACUGGUUGGGUUACAGCUGCUAUGAGUGUCCAAACGGCCCCAUCCAGCCACAGACAGGGCCAGCACUGAAGGAGAGCUGAAGUUUGAAGGGCUGAAACCCAGCCAGGAUCUGCAAAUCUGAGUUUAAACCAGCCUGGAAAAAAGCUGGGGCCAAUCCAGGCAGUGUCUUUCCCUUGGAAAAAAAAAAAAAUUAAAAAUAGCUCCUGUGAGCUGCCCUCUGACAAGUCUGUGAAAGAAGCAACAUGGUUCAGUAGAAGGAAUGCCCCCAAGGGCAAAAAGAAACAGAAAUUGAGACCAGAUGACGAUCAACCUUAACAAAGCCUUUUGUGAUUCAUUGUUUUCUUUCAAUUUAUAAAAUGUCUUGUAAUAGUUGAUAACAUUAUUGACUCAGUUUCCAUAACUAAACUACCUCGUGUGACAUCCUGUUUAUCAUCUCAAAGGGAUUGUGUGAAAAACUAAACACUGCCAGUGUCUGUUGCCAUUGAGGAGCUGGGGCUGUGAUUGCUGGAGUUGUGUUUCCCUUCCAUGUCACUGCUGCCUGAGGCUGGGCUCUAUGUCCCUCCUCAGGGAGGAUGUGGCUCAUGGCAGUUCGGGUUUUGUCGGUGCCCAUCAAGCCCCAGGCCUGGUUCCAGCUCAGUCCUGGGUGCAGAGGCUUCAUUUGUAACCUGGGACCCCACAGGACCUCGCAGCUCCUCAUGUGUCUGUCCUGGGCAAGCAGCAGGUCAGGUUUGCUGCUUGUGGUCCAAGGGAUGUUUCCAAGAGGGUCAGUCCCGGUUGCUGGGUCCUUCUUGGCAGCGUUCCUGGUGAUGGUUUCUGCCGUUCAUUUUUCCCACAAUCCCUUGUGUAAAUCAGGGAAGCAGGAUGUUGCCUCGGCAUGACACACGGUGAGCAUUGGCACACUCAGAGCCAGGCUGGGGCAGGAGCGUGUCUGGCCCCGUGUCACCGUGGGGGAACGGGCACCGUGAGCUGCCCCUCACCGCGCUACGACCAAAUGAAUGUUUCUGCCGGCGGGUCCGUGUCAGCCCGACCUGCCCCUGCUCUGCUGCUCUGGGACUUGACUACCUGUGGAAAUGUGACCAAUAAGUGUUGAAUGCAUGUUUAGUGAGUGUUUAGCUGUAUGAACUAAUAAAUGUGAAAUGUUCUGCA